CCGUCUUUCUCGGCUCCCAUAGCUUUUUCCGGUGGCGAUGGCUGUGGCGGUGGCUGGGAUGCUGCGAGGGGGUCUCCUGCCCCAGGCGGGACGGCUGCCCACCCACCAGACUAUCCGCUGUGGCUCCAAGGCCGUUACUCGCCACCGUCGUGUGAUGCAUUUUGAGCGACAGAAGCUGAUGGCUCUCACUGAGUAUAUCCCCCCCAAACCUGCUGUCGACCCAAGAUGCCUGCCGCCUCCUCCCAAGCCCCCCCCAGAGGAGACAGGCCUCGUCCGGCUCCUCCGUAGGGAGAUAGCAGCAGUUUUCCGAGACAAUCGCAUGAUAGCUGUCUGCCAGAAUGUGGCUCUGAGUGCGGAGGAUAAGCUUCUUAUGCGGCACCAGCUGCGGAAACACCAGAUCUUGAUGAAGGUCUUCCCCAACCAGGUCCUGAAGCCCUUCCUGGAGGAUUCCAAGUACCAAAACCUGCUGCCCCUUUUUGUGGGGCAUAACCUGCUACUGGUCAGUGAAGAGCCCAAGGUCAAGGAGAUGGUGCGAGUCUUGAAGAGUAUGCCUUUCCUGCCCCUGCUAGGUGGCUGCAUUGAUGACACCAUCCUCAGCAGGCAGGGCUUCAUCAACUACUCCAAGCUUCCCAGCCUGGCCCUGGUGCAGGGGGAGCUGGUAGGAGGGCUCUCCCUCCUCAUGGCUCAGACCCACUCCCUGCUUCAGCACCAGCCCCUCCAGCUGACUGCCCUGUUGGAUCAGUACGUCAGACAGCAACACAAGGCAGACUCCGUCAUGCCAGCCAGUGGGCAGCCUGAUCCUCCUGACGCUGUUCCGGACUCAUAGCCAGCUUGUUGUACCCAGCCUGCCCAUAAAUACACUCUGCCCCUAUUGGCUGUGCUGUCCUCCCUUGGAGAUGUGGAAGAACUUGGGAUGGGGACUGGCAUUUGUUACCUGGCUUCCACUGACAACAGCCUCUUCAGAUACAGGGCCACUCAGAGAUGCAGAGAGAUUCCAUUUCAGAAUGGCAGCUCUUAAUCACUGUGUUUGUCCCUAGUUUUCCCAACUUGAGACCUGAUAGGAGCAGUCUCUUUCAGUUCUCCAGGUCCAAGGCAGAGAAGUUGAACAGACGAUAUUGCCCUCUGCUUCUGUGUUCACUGUCCCUUGCUGCAUGCAUCUCCCAACCUAUCUCCUUGUGGGUCCAGUGUGCCAGAAUAGCUCAACUAAUUUUGCUCAGAGUAGCAUCUGUUGAGAACCUCUAUGCCUGCCACCUUACGUGUAUUAGCUCCUUUAUUCCUCACCGUGUCAUCGCCAUCUCACAGAGGAGAAAACUGUAGGGCGGAGAAGUUACAUAGCCUGCCCAAGGUCAUGCAGUUAGUAAGUAGCAGAACAGGGACUUGAACCAGGCUCUCUCUGCUCUGAAGACCAUGCCCUGGACUUCUACACUAGAACUGCUCCAUUAGGGUCCCAGGUGUGCUUGGAUGUUAAUUCUCCACCCUCGGGGUGUGCCAUGUUCUGAAAAGGUUGGGAGCACUGCUUUAUGAUAAAAUGAAAUACAUUUUA